CGGAGUCAGACUUUGUGAGAACCAGCCCAUCAACCCUCCUCGAUCCACUUCUCCAUCGUCAACGAUGUUCAGAUCCGCUGCUGCUCGCGCCGCUUUCAGGGCUCCUUCCGCUGCCCGCCAGAUCGCUCGCAGAUGGAACACCACUGCUGCUCCCGUCGAGCCCGUGCCCGUGAAGAAGGCCGGUUUCUUCAAGAAGGCGUGGAGGGCGACCUACAUCUCCGCCAUCGUCGGUGCCGGUGCUUUCGCGUACGUUAUCUACGAUGACCGUCACCCCGAGAACCAGCUUCCUGCCGACCCCAGCAAGAAGACCCUUGUUGUCCUCGGAUCUGGAUGGGCGUCCACUUCUUUGUUGAAGUCUUUGGACACUGAGAACUACAACGUCGUUGUUGUCUCUCCCCGCAACUACUUCUUGUUCACUCCUCUCCUUCCUUCCACUCCUACCGGUACCAUUGAGCUCCGCUCUAUCAUGCAGCCUAUCCGUCACAUCCUCCGUCACAAGAAGGCUGCUGUCAACUUCUUCGAGGCCGAGGCUACCGAGAUCGACCACGAGAACAAGAUCCUCAAGAUCCGCGACAACUCCGAUGUCACCGGUGACGUGAAGGAGAACUCCAUCAAGUACGACUACCUCGUCGUUGGAUGUGGUGCCGAGACCCAGACUUUCGGUAUCCCCGGUGUUGAGGAGUUCGGUUGCUUCUUGAAGGAGAUCUGGGAUGCCCAGAAGAUCCGUACCAGGAUCAUGGACUGUGUUGAGGCCGCUUUGUUCAAGGACCAGACUCCCGAGGAGAAGAAGAGGUUGUUGCACACCGUUGUCGUCGGUGGUGGACCUACUGGUAUUGAGUUCGCCGCUGAGUUGGCUGACUUCCUCGAGGAGGACUUGAGGAGGUGGUACCCCGAGAUCAAAGACGAUUACCAGGUUACCCUCAUUGAGGCCAUGACCAACGUUCUCCCCAUGUUCUCCAAGAAGUUGAUUCAGUACACCGAGGACACCUUCGCUGAGCAGAACAUCACCAUCCACACCAAGACCAUGGUCAAGAGCGUUGACGAGAAGUACAUCUCCGUCUCCGUCACCAAGCCCGACGGUACCUCUGAGCUCCAGAAGAUCCCUUACGGUCUUCUCGUCUGGGCCGGUGGUAACAAGCCCCGCAAGGUCGUCGUUGACAUCAUGAAGAAGUUGCCCGCUCAGAAGAACGCUCGUCGUGGUCUCUCUGUCAACGACUACCUCGUCGUUGAGGGUUGCGAGGGUAUCUGGGCGUUGGGUGAUGCUUCCCAGACCAAGUACGCUCCUACUGCCCAGGUUGCUGCCCAGCAGGGUGCUUACCUCGGUCGUCUCUUCAACUCCAUGGCCAGGACUCACUCCUUGGAGGCUGAUAUUGCCUACCUCCAGUCCCAGCUCGCCGUCACCCCCGUCGACGCCCCCGCCCGCGCCGGUCUCGAGGCUGAGUUGGAGGCCGUUGGAAAGGCCUUGUCUCGCACUAAGCAGAUGUCUCCUUUCCACUACUCUCACCAGGGUUCCUUGGCCUACAUCGGUUCCGACAAGGCUAUCGCUGACUUGCAGCUCCCCUUCAUGAAGGACUUGUUCUCCUCUGGUGGUGCCGCUACCUACCUCUUCUGGCGCUCCGCCUACGUUUCUAACUUGUUCUCUUUGAGAAACAAGACUCUUGUCGUUUUCGAUUGGGUGAAGGUUAAGAUGUUCGGACGUGAUGUUUCCCGCGAGUAAGCAUAUCCGAUACAAAAAUAGGCGGAUGGGGAUUGAUAUGAGGAAGGGGAUCGAAGAGGGUCGAUAAGAUGCAAAGAUUGCCGGUGCACGGGCAUGGCAUGGGAUGGAGUUUCAGU